AAGGAAAAAAAAACAAAGAAUAUGUGACAUGUAAGGCAGGCAACAACAGCGUGACAGAGACUGAAGAGACACCGUGACCGUUUUUCACAAACCGCCAAAAUAUAUAUAUUUACCCUUUAAGGUCCAGAUUCUUCUUCCCUCUGCUUCUCUCAUUUUUACCCAGAAACAAACACAAUCGAACUAGGUCUAAGAAUCCAAGUGUUUAAUCGUCGAAAGAUCAAUUCUUUGGGAGAUGGGUCUAUGGGAUUCGCUUCUAAACUGGCUCAGGAGCUUGUUCUUCAAACAAGAGAUGGAGCUCUCACUCGUUGGCCUUCAGAAUGCUGGAAAGACUUCUCUUGUCAAUGCCAUCGCUACUGGAGGUUACAGUGAAGAUAUGAUACCAACUGUGGGGUUCAACAUGAGGAAAGUCACUAAAGGAAACGUUACCAUCAAGAUUUGGGAUCUUGGAGGCCAACGAAGGUUCCGCACCAUGUGGGAGCGUUACUGUCGUGGAGUUUCCGCCAUUGUAUAUGUGAUUGAUGCUGCAGACCGAGACAGUGUACCGAUAUCAAGAAGUGAGUUGCAUGAUCUGUUAACGAAACCGUCCUUGAACGGUAUUCCUCUUUUGAUCCUAGGCAACAAGAUUGAUAAGUCUGAAGCUCUCUCCAAGCAAGCUUUGGUUGAUCAACUAGGGCUUGAUUCCGUAGCUGACAGAGAGGUUUGUUGUUACAUGAUCUCGUGUAAGGACUCGAUUAACAUCGAUGCAGUCAUUGAUUGGCUCAUUAAGCACUCGAGAACCGCUAAAUAAACAGCAGACGCAGUCAUCGGUGCAGUGGAGGAGGAGACAGGCUUUGUGUGCUUGGUUUCUUGAUGUUGUUUAUUUGUCGAGAAUCAAUCAGAUGUAAAUCACCCAGCUUUUGGUUUCUUCUUCAUCUUUAUUAUAUCUUAAACCUUGUUUUACAAUUCUUCAGAGUUCGAACACUUUCUUUAAUACAUUCUGUUAAGCA